AUGAUGAGUCGACAUCCCUGUUUCUAUCGAGUUCCUCCACAGGAGUUACACAGGAGAAACCAGCUAACAGAAGCCACCCAGACGAAAGUCCUCAACACCGUCAUCAGCGUGAAGGACACCAAACUUGCAUCACUGGAGCGGAAUAUUCGAGACCUGGAGGACGAGAUCCAAACAAUGAAGACAAAUGGACUUUUGCACACAGAUGGCCGGGGUGAAGACUUAAAACAGAUGGAAGUCUAUAAGAACCACUCAAAGUUCAUGAAGAACAAGAUUGAUUUGCUGAAACAGGAAGUAGUGAAGAAAGAGUCUGAGUCGAUGGCACUGCAAACUAAGCUUGACACAAUGAGCAAUCAAAACUCGGACUGCAAUCAGCACAUAGAAGUCCUGAAGGAAUCUCUCAUAGCCAAAGAACAUAGAGCUAAUAUCCUUCAGGCAGAGGUGGAUGCUCUACGUCUUCGUCUGGAUGAGAGAGAGUCAUUCCUAAACAAGAAGAUCAAGCAGACCCAGGAUCUUAUAGAAGAGAAGGGAACACUGAACAGUGAGAUGUGUGACCUGAAGGAUAUGCUGGAGGUCAAGGAGAAGAAGAUCAACAUCCUGCAGAAAAAGGCUGAGAACCUGCAGGAGCAGUUAAAAGACAAAAACAAACAGUUGAACAGUUUGGGGGACAGAAUGACGUCUCUGCAAGCUGACUCCAGCAACACAGACACAGCUCUUAUUACACUUGAAGAGGCUCUCUCUGAGAAGGUGAAGUAUAUAUGCAAAAGAACUAGAAAAAGAGCAUCAGUGUGCUCAUUAGAAGAGGCACAAAUGUAUAAGAAUGAAAAUAAGGAACUGAAAAGCCAACUUGCCUCCCUACAACAGCAUCUCUCAGAGAAAGAGAGCAGUAUCAUUGAUACCAAUAGUAUUACUGACAAAAAUUUAAAUUUUCUCUCAAUUUUAGCCAUGAAAGACAUUUAA